GACAGAAACUCAUAAUACAUUUAGAGUGGCAGUAAUUAUUCCAAUUCAAUUGGUAAUCUCUACUCCUAAACCUUAUCUGAUCAGCUUUGCUUUUAGAGAAACAAAUUCUAACAAGAUUUAGGCUUAGCAGUAGCAGUAGCAGCGGUGUGAUAAAUAUUUGAUUGGUUGGUUCAUGGUUGGUCCUGGUAGGAGAGUAAGAAUCUGAUGGCGAUGAAGGCGGCUAUCAAGUCCGCGAUAGCCGACGGUGUGCUGACCUUCAUGUGGGUUUUCUGUGCAUCCUCCCUGGGGCCUCUCACGUACGUCGCUUCUUCUGCUCUGGGUUUGCCCCGCGGCCUCCCCACUCUUCUCAUCACCACGAUUAUCGUAUUUCUUCUCUUGUUCAUUUUUGGAUUCAUCGGCUAUCUUCUCGGUGGUGCCACCUUCAAUCCCACCGCUAUCGCCGCCUUCUAUGCUGCCGGAGCUGGUGGCGCUGACUCUCUUGUCUCUGCUGCUCUCCGCUUUCCUGCACAGGCAGCUGGUGCAGUGGGUGGUGCGCUUGCAAUUUUGGAGGUAAUGCCAAUGCAGUACAAACACAUGCUUGGGGGUCCUUCUUUAAAGGUUGACGUGCAAACUGGAGCAAUUGCUGAGGGGGUUCUGACUUUCAUAAUCACUUUUGCCGUCCUCCUCAUUGUGCUUAGGGGUCCUAGCAAUCCACUUGUCAAGAACUGGUUGCUUGCCAUGUCAACUGUCACAUUAGUAGUUGCAGGUUCCAGUUACACAGGACCUUCCAUGAAUCCUGCCAACGCAUUUGGUUGGGCAUACAUAAACAAUAAGCAUAAUACGUGGGAGCAGUUAUAUGUAUACUGGAUCUGUCCCUUCAUUGGAGCAAUUGUGGCUGCAUGGGUUUUCCGUUUUCUAUUUCCUCCCCCAACAAAGCAGAAGAAAUCCUGAAAGGCACAUGACUAACUUAAGCUUUGUGGAUAUUAGUGGAUCCUGAACUUGUAUUUUCACCUUGUACUUGAAUUCUAUUCUUCCAACUCAAACUGCAAAAUAGAUAUAUAUUUCGGUUCAGUGGAAUAUC